UAAUGCAUUAAGAUGGAUGGUGUCUUAAAACCUUGCUACCAGCAGAUUUAGGUGUGUUUUUAUUUGUGCACAUGGUUUAAAAAUAUAAAUGUGAAGAGCUAAAAAAGAAAGAAAAAAGGUGAGGCUGCAUGAACAGCACUCGUGUUAAACAUACACUGACAGGAAGAUUAAAAAAACAAAAAACAAAGACGACCACACUGCUCCCCAUCCUAUCACGUGAGCCCCCCUUUCCAGGCUGACCUCUGUAACAUGGAAAUUCGAUUACCCAGAGCAUUCAAGGUUAAGACAUAUUACUGCGGAUGAGAAUGAAUGCACUGUGUGUUACUGCGGCCCAAAAGUACCUCUGCUCGCACUCAAGCUGUAAUUAAUGCAUGACUGAAGCAGCACGUUAAUCAGCUGUCAGGUUUCAGACCAGUAACGUGUUAAAAAAACAAAAAAAACAUAUCAAACAAUAAUAACUAUAAGAAAGAGCCUCCCCAGGAACGUUUAUGUUGGGUUGCACAAUGGGACUGACAAAGUAGCUGGAAGGGCAAGCUUUUUAUUUCUUACCUCCUGCGUGCUAUGCUCAAGGUUAAGGGCUUUGUAAUCAUUAAUGCACUAAGUUUCUGGAGCAGGUAAGACAUUAAGCCAUCUUUCUCACCUUUUCUUUUCAGGAUAAUACUUUACACCAACACAUGCAUAUUCAAUGACGUGCGCACACUCUCUAGCAUUCAGACAAACCAAAGACAUCUAUUAGGCUGGUUUCUCCCCAAAGCACUGAUUCAAAUGGCAGAUAGAGAUUUCUGCAUAAUGUCCUUUUUUGUUAUGAUCCUGGCAGGAUAAAUUUCAACCAAUGAUUUUGUUCACGAUUUGGCUUAUGAACAUCGUACUAAGGUGUCAUCGCAAUCGAGAUGGAAGGCAACCAAACAAACGUCAGCGCCUUCUACUGUAAAUUCAAUGAAGAUUUUAAGUACAUCCUCCUUCCCGUCAGCUACGCCCUGGUCUUCGUGAUCGGCCUGGCGCUGAACACCACGGCGCUGUACGUGAUCGUGUUCCGCACGAAGCACUGGAAGCCCUCCACGAUCUACAUGUUCAACCUGACGAUGUGUGACACACUCUACAUCUUCACGCUGCCCUUCCUUGUCUACUACUACGCCGACGAGAACGACUGGCCCUUCAGCGAGCCGCUCUGCAAGCUCAUACGCUUCCUGUUCUAUGCGAAUCUAUACGGUUCCAUCCUGUUCCUGUGCUGCAUCAGUCUGCAUCGGUUUGUUGGCAUCUGCUACCCAGUCCGCUCCCUCAAAUGGUUCAGCGCUCGCCGGGCCAGGCUGGUGUCGGUGGCAGUGUGGGCUUGCGUUUUAUUCUGCCAGGCUCCUGUUCUCUACUUUUCAAGAAUAAGGGAUUAUGGCACUGAGCGACUCUGCUAUGACACCACCAGCCCAGAGCUUUUCGACGACUUCCUGGUGUACAGCUCUGUCGUGUCGGUGCUCAUGUUUGCUUUGCCCUUCAUGGUGGUGAUGGUGUGCUACGGCCUCAUGGUGCGGAAGCUUCUAGAGCCUGGCUGGGGGUCUGAAUUGGGAGCUGAGAGGACCAGGGCAGGCCAGACGUCCAAGUUCAAGCAGAAGUCAGUGAAGAUGAUCAUCAUAGUGCUAGCAGCCUUCAUGCUGUGUUUCCUCCCUUUCCACCUCACCAGGAGUCUUUACUACUCCUUUAGAUACCUGAGGCAGGUCGAUCCAAAACGGAUAAGCUGUAGUUUGCUGGAGGCGUCCAGCGUGGCCUACAAGGUGACACGACCUUUGGCCAGCGCCAACAGCUGUCUGGACCCCAUCCUAUACUUCCUGGCCGGGCAGGAUGCCCGCAGCAAUCUCACCAAAAAGAACAAGCUGGGCCCGCCAAAAUCAAAGUCUGUGACCCAAAACUUGACCACACAACUCUGAUUAAAAAGUGUUAUGGGGACAAAUGAAGGACCUACUGCCACUCUCCUCUUGUGAGCUCAUAGCUGCUUCAAGACGACAGUUCUUCAGAGGUGGCGGAUGCCCGUGAAGCAGCAAGAAAGAAUGACCCUUUACAUAUAAAGUAAAUGCAAAUGCUUCCUUCUUCUUCGAGGGCUUCCACAGAGGGAUUCUGAAUGUGUAUAUGUUUUUUUUAUUAUUAUUAUUAGAAAUAUAGUAUUUAGAGCAAAUGAAAGAGAAAUAUUUAAACGUCAGCAUUAUUCAGGGCUGAGCUGUAAGAGUUUUAAUUUUAAGUUAAGUUUUUAAGUCAUUUCUGAAUCACAAAGUAGCUCUCCGAAUUUGAGGGAUUAAGGAUCUUAAGUGAUUACGACACAGGAUAGAGAUCGUGUUUUUUGCAAGCCUGAAUAGCUGUGUCGUAUUGUUUUUGUUUGUCAUAGAUUUUGUGAGACGCGUCUGGUGCCUGAUGUUUGCUCACCGUCCUCCGAGCCACAGGCUAGUCAUAAAAGCAGACGCGCUCUCCUCGGGCUUGUUUUGAAUGUCCCAGGGUUGUGUGUGAACUGUAUGUGUCAGUUUAAGACGCAAAACAUGAAGGAAGUUAAAAUUCAAAGUAAGUGAAACAAUAAACAAGUUAAAAAAACAACAAAGAAAA